GAAAAUCUCAAACCCGCCUUAUCAAAUCCCUUUUCCAAGAAAACCCAAGAAAACAGAGAUCCAUAAAAAAGAAAAAGUCAGAGAGAGGGAGAGGGAGUUAGGAUUAGAGAGAGAAAUCGAAACUCGCCACCAGGUUACGUUAACCAUCGUUCGUGAAUCAAUCACUCGGUUACGUUCACCUCAUUUCAACGAAAAAGCCAGCUGACUGACAUAUGAAUUUAUUAUUCCUUUUCUUCCCUUUAUGAGUUUUUAUAUUUUCAUCUCUCUGAAACAUUUUAUCGAAACUAUUAUGAUUUAAUACAUAAAAAUUGCAAAAAGCGAAUAAAACUAUGGCAGCGAUUGGGGAGGGCAUGACUGUUCGUUCGUUUGUUCUUAGUUCCUCUUUUCAUCGAAGAUCAAAAUGCCCUUCCUAUUUUUAUUAUUGUUGCAUUCUUCUUUUUCUCCGUAAUCUAUACUGUUGUAGCAUUAAUUAUUAUUGUUUGUUAUUCCCAAAAUCUAACCGCACAUCUCAAUCACACCCUCGGAAAACUUCUUCGAUUCCCAUAGAAAGAGGCUCCCGGUAUGCUAGAGAGAGAAAGUCUGAAUUUAUACCCCCAACUUGCCCGUCAAACCCAGAUGGACGGUUUCGUGUUUCGGAUGGGGUAAAAGGAUUGUCAGUUCUUCUCCAUUUUUGCAAUUUUAUGGGUUUGUUUGGUUUCUGGGUUGUUUCCGAAAGUCUUAGGGGUCUCAAUUCGUUGGGCGAUUGCGUUCGCUUGGCGUGGUUUCGGGAAACUGCGAUUUUUUCUUUGUCCUUAGGAGCAAUUUGUUAUGUCAGGUUAAUUGUUCCAUAGGGUUUAAUUAGUUGGGACUUCUGUGCGAGCGUGAGUUCGAUCCUUAGCAAUGGAGGCUUGUUCAGAAGAAGAGAAGAAGCCACCUGUGGGAGAGACUAAGACAAAGCGCAAAAUGAAGACUGCUUCCCAGUUGGAGAUUCUGGAGAAAACUUAUGCUACGGAACCGAAUCCAUCCGAGUCAUUGCGAGCAGAGCUAUCGGCGAAAUUGGGUCUUUCGGAUCGUCAACUGCAAAUGUGGUUUUGUCACCGUAGGUUGAAAGACAGAAAGGCACCGGCAGCGAAGAGGCCGGGAAAUGAAUCGCCAGCUGUAGCGGUGACUCCGGAGGCAGAUGGUUUUGAGCGGAAGGUAAUGGGUGAUGGCGGGCAUUCGCGUGAUUCCAUUUCUGGGUCGAUGCCAUUCAGUCAUAUGGAUUCACAGCGAGUUGUCCCUCGACCUGGUAUGGCAUUUCCUAGUAUUGGAGGGGGAUUGCUAGCAAUGGGUUACUAUGAACCACAUCAGUCCAAAGCUAAGCUGAAAGCUAUUGCAUUUGUGGAAGCACAGUUAGGAGGACCAUUUAGAGACGACGGGCCAAUUUUGGGGAUGGAAUUUGAUCCGUUGCCACCCGGUGCGUUUGGUGCACCAAUAGGUCCAACUGCAAUGGGAAAGCAUUGGCAAUCUACUAGGCCUUUUGAGGCAAAAAUUUAUGAACGAUUGGACAAGGGCGGUUCAAGGACUCUCCAUGAAUAUAAAUUUAUUCCAGAGCAGCCAACUGUUAGAAAUGAGACAUAUGAUUAUGAGAGAGUCGCCUCUGCUAACCACUAUGGUUCUCUUGAUGGAAUUCCACAUUCAAGGACUUUAUUUUCUAGUGGCCGAAGUCUACUUAAUAAGAAUGAAGUUGCUUCCUAUGGUUAUGGAUAUCAAAAUCUAAUGCCAGGGUUAAAUCUUUUGUCUCAGCAAGGCAGGCAGAAUCAUCUUUUACCUUCUGCUUCUGGACAGAAUGAUAAUCUUCCACGGAGGAAUAUGUUUGUUGAUGUGCCUGUUGACUCUUAUAUUGGAGCUUACCCAGCAACUCAGAUUGACAGCAUGUCAACACCAUCUGACCAGAAGGUUAUCCAUGAGGAGCAAAAUUCACGGUUUCAAAGGAAGCGGAAGAAUGAAGAGGCUAGAAUGCAGCGGGAGCUUGAGGCACAAGAGAAGAGAAUCAGAAAAGAGCUUGAAAAGCAGGAUAUUUUAAGGCGAAAGAGAGAAGAGCAAGCAAGGAAGGAGAUGGAGAGGCAUGAACGUGAAAGGCAGAAGGAAGAGGAAAGGCUAUUGCGUGAAAGACGGAGGGAAGAGGAGAGAUACCAAAGAGAACAGAGGCGUGAACUAGAACGGAGGGAGAAGAUUUUGCAGAAAGAGUCAAUCAGACUCUUGCAGGCUGAGAAAAGGAAACAGAAGGAAGAAUUACGCAAAGAGAAAGAGGCAGCAAGGAUCAAAGCAGCCAAUGAGAGAGCUAUUGCUCGCAGAAUGGGCAAAGAAUCAAUUGAACUUAUUGAAGAUGAGCGACUGGAAUUGAUGGAGCUAGCUGCAUCAGAAAAGGGACUUUCUUCAAUUUUGUCUCUUGACUGUGAGACUUUAGAAAAUCUUGAAUUAUUUAAGGAUGGGCGGACAUCAUUUCCACCUAAGGCUGUACUGCUGAAAAGACCUUUCUCAAUUCAGCCUUGGUUGGAUUCUGAGGACAACAUAGGAAACCUUUUGAUGGUUUGGAGGUUUUUGAUCUCCUUUGCUGAUGUUCUUGGGAUUUGGCCAUUCACCUUGGAUGAAUUUUUACAAGCUUUCCAUGACCAUGAUCCUAGGUUGUUAGGUGAGAUUCAUAUUGCUCUUUUGAGAUGUAUCAUAAAAGAUAUUGAAGAUGUUGCAAGAACUACUGGGGUAGGAGCUAAUCAUAACAGUGCUGUCAACCCUUGUGGGGGUCAUCCGCAAGUAGUUGAAGGGGCAUAUUUUUGGGGGUUUGAUAUAAGAAGUUGGCAGCGACUCUUAAAUCCCUUGACAUGGCCAGAAAUUAUGCGACAAUUUGCUUUAUCAGCUGGAUUUGGGCCACGAUUGAGUAGAAGAAUCAAUGAGCAGGUGUACCCUUGUGAUAACAAUCAGGGUAUUGACGGUGAAGAUGUUAUUUCCAAUCUACGAAGUGGGGCUGCAGUUGAAAAUGCUGUUGCUAUCAUGCAAGAGAAGGGAUUAUCUAACCAACGAAGAUCUAGGCAUCGCUUGACACCUGGAACUGUUAAGUUUGCAGCAUUUCAUGUCCUAUCUCUUGAAGGAAGUAAGGGCCUUACCAUAUUGGAAACUGCAGGCAAGAUUCAGAAAUCUGGACUUCGUGAUCUUACAACAAGCAAAACUCCUGAGGCUUCUAUAGCUGCUGCUUUGUCCAGGGACACAAAGCUUUUUGAAAGGACUGCUCCUUCAACAUAUUGUGUACGUCCUGCAUAUAGAAAGGAUCCAGCCGAUGGUGAUGCAAUCCUCUCAGCUGCCAGGGAAAGAAUCAGGAUAUUCAAAAAUGGACUUGUUGAUGCAGAAGAACCAGAUGAUGGUGAAAGGGAUGAUGAUUCAGAAAUUGACAUGGCAGAAGAUCCUGGGGUUUAUGAUUUAGGUACUGAAACAAACAACAAGGAGGCUUCUGAUUUAGUGGAAUGCAGUUUGAACACUGUAGUUAAGAAUAGAGAAGGCAGUGGUGAAAUUUUGUGGACUCCUGAUGGUAGUGGCAAUGUUGCAAGUAAACCUGAUUUAGAAGACACCGCCAGUAUUGAUGAAAGUAAUCGAGGUGAACCAUGGGUUGAGGGGCUUAUCGAAGGAGAAUACUCAGAUCUUAGUGUUGAAGAGCGACUUAAUGCCCUUGUUGCUCUGAUUGGUGUGGCAAUUGAAGGAAAUUCAAUCCGUGUUGUUCUUGAGGAGCGUCUAGAAGCAGCAAUUGCUUUAAAGAAGCAGAUGUGGGCAGAGGUGCAGCUUGAUAGACACCGAAUCAAAGAGAACUACCUUUUCAAGAUGCAGUCUGCCCGUUGUGUGGCCAAUAAGAAUGAACCAACUCCUUCAAUGUCAUCCAUGGAGGGUAAACAGGGCCCUUUGCUUGGUGUCGAUGACAGGAAUGACAAGACACUACCAACUCCCCCCACCCAGCAAGUACAGUUAAAUGAUAAUCAGACCCAUCUUCAGAGUGUUCUACCAGAAGUGAACAUAAAAAUGCAAGACUCUGCUGUCCCUUAUAAUUAUUCUUGCCAACAAUUUGGACCUGGUGCUGAAAUGUCAAGACCCAAUUUCAAGUCAUGCAUUGGUCAAUUGGCUGAAGAAACUUAUAUUUAUAGGUCAUUGCCACUUGGUUUGGAUCGGAGACGUAAUCGAUACUGGCAGUUCAUUACAUGUGCUUCUCAAAAUGAUCCAGGCUGUGGUAGGAUUUUUGUGGAAAUGCACGAUGGUUGUUGGAGGCUAAUUGAUUCUGAAGAGGGUUUUGAUGCUCUCUUGGCAUCAUUGGAUGUACGUGGGAUUAGGGAAUCUCAUUUGCACAUGAUGUUGCGACGUAUUGAAAGGUCUUUCAAGGAAUCUGUUAAAAGGAAUAACUUGAGGAGGCAAGAGGGGGACACUGUUAAUAAAUCUUUUCAAAUGACUGCUGAGCAUGAUUGCUGUGCUUCCAUGUGCAGUACUAAUUUAGAUUUGUCAGAGACAUCAACAUCUUUUGUGGUUCAGCUUGGAAGGAAUGAUUCUGAUAACCAAGAUGCUUUGAGGAGAUACCAGGACUUUGAAAAAUGGAUGCUUAAGGAAGGCAUAAAUUCCUCAGUAUUAUGUGCGUUGAGGGCUGGGAAGAGAAGGUGCAGUCAAUUUCUGGGCAUGUGUGAUUUCUGCCAUGAGAUCCAUUUAUCUGAAGAAAUUCCAUCUCCUUCCUGCUAUAGAACCCUUCGUAUUUGUAAGAGCAACUUAAGCUCUUCUGAACAUAUGGCUCAAUAUGAAGGAAAAUUGAAGAUUACUGAUGAUUAUGUAAUUAAUGUGUCCCCCUCUUAUCCAUUGAGACUGAGAUUGCUUAAAGUGCUGUUGUCAAUAGUUGAGGUUUCCAUUCCUCGAGAAGCACUUAAACCUAUUUGGACAGACAACUAUCGGAAGUCUUGGGGUAUAAAGCUGCAUGCUUCAUCUUCCUCUGAAGAACUUCUUGAGAUAUUGACUAUACUGGAGAGUGCUAUCAAGAGGGAUUACUUGGUUUCAAACUUCAAGACUACCGGUGAGCUGUUGGGUUCUAUUUUUUCUUCUGGAUUUCAGAGUGAUUCCGUGGGAGCUGAAAGGAUUCCUGUACUGCCCUGGGUGCCUCAUACAACUGCUGCUGUGGCAUUAAGGCUCAUGGAACUUGACAUCUCCCUGUUUUAUUCCUUAGAGCAGAAGCUGGAGUCUGAAAAGGACAAGACAAAUGAGAAUAUUAUGAAGUUUCCUCCGAAACAUGUUUCUGCCAAGAAUGCCAUAGGUGCUUGUACAGCUGAGACUUCUCAUCUGGCUGGGCAUAGCUUGGUCGAUCUUGGUGCUGGAUUUGCUAGCUACAGUCGAGGACAAAGGUACUGUGGACAGGACCGUGAUCGCACUCAUGGAGGGAGAUCGCAAGGAAGGGUCAUAAAUUCAAGAUCUGAAUGUAAAAAAAAAGCUACUGCCACUAGCCGCAGGAGACUUGGACAGGGACUAAGAUGGAAAGGUAAAUCACGAGGUCGUGGAGGCAAUCGCCGUGCUCGUCAAAGCAUCAGAAGCAGCAGGCAGAAACCAGCAGCUAAAGAGCAAGAGGUUACUGUUGAGAGGAAUGCUCCCCAAGGGGAAUCUGCCGGUAUUUUUGUCAGGGAGGGAAGCAAUGAAGCUGAAACUUUUGGAUGUCAAAUGGAGAUUCCCGAAAAUGCUGCAAGCAGUUCCGGGAGAUCAGAUUAUGAGGAAAAUAAAUAUAAUGUGACAGGUGACGAUAAUGAUUAUCUAGUGGAUAAUAAUGAUAAUGGCUACGAUGGGGGCGGAUUUAGUGGGAAGUCUGGGAAUAUAGAAGAUAUUAAUUUUGAUUUAGAUGAUGAAGAUGGAGAUGGGGUUGGUGGAUAUAGUGGGAAGUCUGACGAUUUAAUAGAAGGGAUUGGUUUUGACAUAGAUGAUGAGGAAGAAGAGGAUAUUGAUGACGACGAGGAUGAUGAGCAGGUUCAUGUUGAAGACUUCAUAAACGGGGAUUCAGAUAUAGGAGUGAACGGGGACGAUGCAGAGCAAAACUUGGAUUCAGAUGGUGGGUUGAACUCUUCAUCCUCAGAGUACAGCGACUAAAAGAAGCAUAAAUAACGGGUACUAACCCCACAAGAGUAUGCAGGUUCAUUUGGUCACAUUGACAUGCUUAGCAAUGCAGGAAUAGUUUUGAGUAGUCAUCAACUGUGCAUGAGAUUUUGUACGACGGAAGAUAUCAUUUGUAGGUUACAAAAUGGCGAAAUGAAAUUUGCUUCUCCUUUCAUACCAUGGGAGAAAUUACAUAUACAAAAUUACAGCUUGUUUGAUUAUGGUUAGAACAUAGUCUGAUCAUUAAAUCUUGUACUAGUGUCUUAAUUGCUUUGACGCUGAUUUGACUUGUAAUGACUUAAAAAAUAUAUUUUGAUUCUAUAUAUAAAUCAUUUUAAAUA